GGGAGAGCGACCAAUCAAGGACAGGGUGAGGCGCAAAACCGGCCGGCUCCCAGGGGAGCCAGCCACAGGCUGGGGGGCCAUGGCCGAGCUGCAGCAACUGCGGGAACUUGAGAUCCCCACGGGCCGGGAGGCCCUGCGGGGCAACCACAGCGCCCUGCUGCGUGUCGCCGAUUACUGCGUGGACAACUACGUGCAGGCCACAGACAAGCGGAGGGCGCUGGAGGAGACCAUGGCCUUCACCACCCAGGCUCUGGCCAGUGUGGCCUACCAAGUAGGCAACCUGGCCGGACACACUCUACGGAUGCUGGACCUACAGGCGGCCUCCCUGCGGCAGGUCGAAGCCCGUGUGAACACGCUGGGCCAGAUGGUGAGUAUGCAUAUGGAGAAGGUGGCCCGAAGGGAGAUCGGCACGUUAGCCACCGUCCAGCGGCUGCCCCCUGGCCAGAAAGUCAUCGCCCCCGACAGCCUCCCUCCCCUCACGCCCUACUACCGGAGACCUCUCAACUUUGGCUGCCUGGAUGACAUUGGCCAUGGGAUCAAGGAUCUGAGCACGCAGCUGUCGCGGACGGGGACCCUCUCUCGAAAGAGCAUCAAGGCGCCUGCGACGCCCGCCUCCGCCACCCUGGGGAGGCCACCGCGGAUCCCGGAGCCGGUGCAGCUCCCGGUGGUGCCCGAUGGCAAGCUCUCCACCACCUCGUCUGCCUCUUCCCUGGCCUCUGCAGGCAGCGCCGAAGGUGUGGGUGGGGUGUCCGCGACCAAGGGGCAGGCAGCACCCCCACCCCCACCUCUCCUGAACCCCGUGGCUCCACCUCCUCCACCGGCCACCACCGAAGUCUUCCUGCCGCCCCCUCCGCUGGAGGAAGUGUCCCUGCCCCUGCUGGCACCAGAGCUGCCCCUGGACCUGCCCCCUCCUCCACCCCUGGACGUCCAUGAGCUGGGACUGCCACAUCUGCCCCCACCAGGCUUCGGGCCGGAGGAGCCUAGCUGGGUCCCUGCUGCAUACCUGGAGAAAGUGGUGACGCUGUACCCAUACACCCGCCAGAAGGACAACGAACUCUCCUUCUCUAAGGGCACCGUCAUCUGCAUCACACGCCGCUACUCCGAUGGCUGGUGUGAGGGCGUCAGCUCGGAGGGGACUGGAUUCUUCCCCGGGAACUACGUGGAGCCCAGCUGCUGACACUCUGGGGCUUUCUGAGCUCCUGCCCGAGCACUGCGCUGCGAGCCUCUUGAGCUCCAGUGCAAAGUCAGCUCCAGAGUCAAGGCGGGACCCGGCCUGCCCACCUGUGAGCUGUGCCCGCCCCUUCCCCCUCCUCUCGGUGGUGGGAAGGGGUCCUGGGGAGAGAAGGGAUGUAUCCGGAAGGCCUGCCGCAGACAGGAAAGAACCGGAAGCCAAGGACUUUGGUGAUCUUGUCCACAGAAGACCCACCCCUCCAUGCAGCAUCGAGUGCCAACUUUGAAUAAAACGCUGAUGACCUCCUGGUGAUUGCCCCGCAGGGCUGGGGGGCCAGAGAGGAGGGAGUUAAA